AUGAACACUAGCACUGAAAGGAGUUUCAAGCGAGUAAAAACUGGCUGUUUGAAGUGUCGAAAAAGACAUAAGAAGUGUGAUGAAGUUAGACCUAAUUGUCUGUCGUGUACAAAGAAAAAAGAAGUCUGUGAAUGGCCAGUAAGCUAUGGAAAGUUCCACAAGAAUUCAACGUUCCAAUUACCAGCCAACAAAGCUGUUCACAAAACAGCAACUACAAAGGAACUGAAAAAGUAUUCCGAACAUCUUGCUAACAAUUUCAAUCGGAUGUCUCAUUUAGAAGCAGAAGGAAACUUAUCUAGUGAAGCAGAGACGUUGCUCUCGAUGCUGGUACCUAGAUUAAAUAAGUCCAAAAGCAAUGCUUCAUAUGAUGACACAUACUCAUUUAGUCCAGAGUCAAUAAUGGAACCGUUCUUGCUUUACAACGAGUUGCACAAUACUUUGAGAGAGUAUAUGUUUUCAAAUGUUUCUUCUACAGCAGAAGUUUCAGAGAAAAUAAAUGGCUCCGAUAACAUCAUUUUUUGUCCCACUACUUCAAAUAAUAUCGAUAAAGUUGGCGAGCAAAUUGAAGGAGAUUCUUCACUGUCAAGGGCCAAUAACAAACAAGUUGAGGAUGAUUUAGAUGCAACCAAUGAGCGAGAACCCAUUCCAAAUAAAUCUAAUGAAUUAUUUAAUGUACUUAUCCACGAGCCCCCCGCGUUGACAGAAAUGGAAAAGUUGUUCCUCUACAAGAACUACUUAUAUGAAGUUGCCCCAUGGUUGGAUAUGUUUGAUUAUUCACAGCAAUUUGGCAUCACUAUCCCCCAGCAAGCAAAUCUGAAUGCAGCUCUCAUGUUUGCCAUUUAUGCCGUUUCUUCAAGACAGAUCGAGCUUACCAAUCCAGAUUAUGACAAAGAUAAAACAAUCAAGAUUUAUCAAGAAUCUCUCAAAUAUUUGAUUCCUACAGUAGAGCAAACAAUGGAUAGAGCUAUCAUUUCUUCUUGUGUUAUUCUUUGUGUUCUUGAGAUGAUGUCAUCGUCUCCAAAAGAAUGGCGACACCAUUUGGAAGGUUGUUCUGCACUAUUUAGGACCAAUAACAUUCAUGGGUUCAGUGACGAUUUGGAAAGAGGACUUUUUUGGUGCUAUGCUAGAAUGGAUGUAAGUUCAGCAGUUAUUGGAGAGCAGUCGACUGUACUUCCCACAGAGUACUGGUUACCUAAAGAAUUCAAAAUUAAAGAUCUGAAAGAGUACUUUCAAAAAGAAAAUAAACCUGAUAUGUAUGCAAAUUAUAUUGUCUUUCUUUGUUCCAGGGUUUUAAAUUUGAUCUCAAAUGAGACACCUAAUUUUAGAGCUGAAUGGGAAAGCUUAUUUAGCGAGGUGGUUGCUUGGCACGUGAACCGACCUCCUGAAUUGCAACCGUUCAUGGAGUUUGAGCACUUUCCCUUCCCAGGGCUUCUCUUUUUGAACGGGCCCGCCAUUUCAUCUAACCAAUUAUAUCACAUGGCGAUAAUACUCUUAUCGCAGAACAAGCCAAGACUUCUCAAAGUUAAGCCAUCGAGGAGUGUAAAAUCCAACAUCUGGCAUGCCAAGCAGAUUUGUGCCAUCAGUUUGCACAAUACCCACCAUGGAUGCUGGAACAACGCCCUACAGCCACUAUGGAUCGCCGGGAAGCUCCUCAGUAGCGAAGAAGAGCACACCAUCAUACUCAACCUCCUCGACAAAAUAGAAUCUACAACGGGUUGGCAAAUGAAUUUCAGGGCGCGGGACUUAAAGAGGUUCUGGGAUGGAAAGUUGGUUGAGUAA